AUGACUGAAUCGAUUGCCUUUGAAACUGACCUUAGUCCCGUCGCCUCUGCUGCUUUGAGCAUCGGUGAAGUGGGGAAAUCUCUCUCUCCCGAUCAGAAAUUUACCAUCUUGACCAGAACUGGUCACGGUGGGUUGCAAGACCUUGACGAUCUUCCACCAGAGGCCGCUUACAUGAUCACCAAGGUGGAGGAGUUGCCAACCUCUGAGGCUAUGGAGAUUUUGAAGGAAGCCUCCGUCUACCACGACGACGAUGUGAACUUCCCAGAAGGUGUCAUGGAGAAGAUUCAUGAUUUGCUCGAGACCCACUCCUCUGAUUCCUUCUUGAGCGAAAAAGGUGAAUACUUAGAAGAAUGGGAGUUGGAAGCCAGAUUGGAAGCCGCGUUGAUCGCCUUCCACUCGCCAUACCCCGAGGUGAGAGCCGUGACUGAUCCGUACGAUGACCCAACUAUUCCCGUGGAAACAUUCAGAGCGUACUUGUUGAUCUUUGUUUGGACGAUGAUUGGAGCUGGUAUCUAUGAAUUCUUCCGCCACAGAAUGCCACAAAUUACCCUUCCUCCAAACGUUAUCCAGAUGUUCUUGUAUCCACUUGGGAAGUUCAUGGCUGCUGUGUUGCCAGAUUGGGGAUUCACCAUUAAGGGUGAACGUUACUCCAUUAACCCGGGCCCUUACACCUACAAGGAGCAGAUGUUUGCUACUAUCUGCAUUUCUGUUGGUGUAGGUGGUGCUUACGUUUCCUAUAACAUUUUCGCCCUCAGGCUGGACCAAUUUUACGAUUUCAAGUGGGUUAGUUUCGGGUACCAACUUUUGUUGAUUUUGAGUACUCAAUUUAUGGGUUUCGGGUUCGCUGGUAUCUUCCGCAAGAUCAGUGUUUACCCUGUUCGCGCCAUGUGGCCAACCUUAUUGCCGACCUUGGCAUUGAACAGAGCGUUGAUGAAAGAAGAGAAGCUUCAAGUCAUUAAUGGCUGGAAGAUUUCCCGCUUCAACUUUUUCUACAUUGUCUUUGGCGGGAUGUUCAUGUACUUCUGGUUACCCGACUAUCUCUUUACGGCAUUGUCUACUUUCAACUGGAUGACCUGGAUUGCCCCAAACAACUUCAACUUAGCUGCUAUCACUGGUUCCGUUUACGGCUUAGGUCUCAACCCUAUCACCUCUUUUGAUUGGAAUUACAUGACGAUUUUCAUUAAUACGCCCCUUGUCAUUCCGUGGUACUCCAAUGUUAACCAGUAUAUUGGCUCUAUUAUUGCGUUUUUCUGCAUUAUUGGGGUCUACUGGUCUAAUAAUCUUUGGUCCGGAUACCUCCCAAUUAAUACCAAUGCAUUAUUCACCAACACGGGAGAGCCAUUCAAGGUCACCAAGAUCUUAACAAACGGUCUCUUUGACAACGAGAAGUACCAAGCUUACUCACCACCUUACUAUUCUGCCGCCAAUUUGGUUCUUUACGGUGCAUUUUUCGCUAUCUACCCGUUUUCAGUUAUUUACACUACUAUGAUUGAAUGGAAAGGGAUGUCAGCUUCCUUCAAGCAGGUAUGGUAUUCGCUCAAGGAUUUCAAGAGGUCCAACUUUGCUGGGUUCAAUGAUCCCCACUGCAGAAUGAUGUCCAAAUACAAGGAGGUCCCAGAUUGGUGGUUUGUUGCCGUUUUGGUUUUCUCUCUCGUGAUGGCUAUUCUCUGUGUUAAAUUAUACCCGGCCCAAACUCCAGUUUGGGGUAUUUUCUUCACUGUUGGUAUCAACUUUGUCUUCUUGAUUCCGUUGGUGGUGAUCUAUUCGGUUACAGGUUUCUCCUUUGGUUUGAACGUGCUCGUGGAGUUGAUUAUUGGGUACGCUAUUCCAGGUAACGGUGUGGCGUUGAUGACCUUAAAGGCUCUUGGCUAUAACAUUGAUGGUCAGGCUGAGAACUAUAUCACGAAUCAAAAGACCGCUCACUACGCCAAGGUUCCACCUAUGGCUCUCUUCAGAGGUCAGAUGUUGGCAACUAUCAUUCAAUGCUUCGUCACGUUGGGUGUUAUGAACUGGCUUCUUUCGAACAUCGAUGGCCUUUGUACCCCUCACCAAGCCCAAAAGUUCUCUUGUCCUGGUGAUAGAACGUUCUUCUCAGCUUCGGUCCUUUGGGGGGUGAUCGGGCCAAAGCGGGUGUUUAACGGGUUGUAUCCAAUCCUCAAGUGGUGUUUUUUGAUCGGGGCGUUGUUGCCGUUUCCUUGUUACGCCUUCAAGCGGUACGGUCCAAAAUCUUUCACUAGAGCUUUCCAACCAACUUUGAUCAUUGGCGGUUUCUUGAUCUACGCUCCUUACAACUUGUCCUUUGUCACCCCGGCUUUGAUUGUUGGCUACGUCUUUAUGUACCACAUUAAGAGACGGUACAGUGACUGGUGGGAGAAGUACAACUAUGUGUUGUCUUCUGCUUUGACUGCAGGAGUCGCGUUUUCCUCAAUCAUCAUCUUUUUUGCGGUGCAGUACCACGAAAAGGAUGUUACCUGGUGGGGUAAUACAGUUUCUGGGGGAGGAAUCGAAGGUGGUAACGGGCAGCAAUCACGUCUUGACGCCAGCACUUUACCAAAUGGUUACUUUGGACCUGCUCCAGGCUCCUAUCCUUAG